UAUCGCUCUCUUGCUCUGCGUUUUGGAGAAUAAGUUUGCUCUGCGUUUUGGAGAAUAAGUUUGCUCUGCUAUAUCGCUCUCUUGCUUUGCGUUUUGGAGAAGACGCGCUCUCAGUGCUCUGAGUUUUGGAGAAUAAGUUUGCUCUGCUAUAUCGCUUUCUUGCUCUGCGUUUUGGAAACCAGUGUCUGAGCUGAGUAUUUGAAAUAUGGGGAAGAGGAAGUCCAGGACCGUGCUUCCAAAGAAGAAGCUACCCAAGCUUGAUACGACAUUUUGCUGCCCGUUCUGUAACCAUCCUGAUAGUGUUGAUUGCAUAAUAGAUCGAAAGCUAAAGAUUGGGGAGGCUAUUUGCAGGGUUUGCGAAGUGGGAUAUGCAACCAAGAUUCAUGCUUUAACGGAACCCAUUGACAUUUAUUGCGAAUGGGUGGACGCAUGUGAAGCUGCAAACGCUCCAAAGCCUUGAAUCUUAAUCAUUAUGAGAAGAUGGACGCUCCAAAGCCAUGAAUCUUGGAUGCAAAAAAUGAUAUGAUUUGGAGAGUUGCCCUAUUUGUACAAGACUUGAUGGAUUCUUUUUUUCUCGAUUUUUGGUGAAGAAGAGCACACAAGUUAUGCAUCAUGUUCAGUUCUUGCGUGCUGUAAAUAAUUAAUUUUUGCUAAGAUUUGUUCUUAUUUAUUUCAUUUAUUCUUUAUACUGAGUUGGUGUUGUCAUUGUUUUGAAGCUAUAGAAAAUGUAAAUGUGAGCAAUUUCUCUCAUGUGUACAU